AUGAUGGUUCUGAUAUCAGGAGGGAAAGUGCCGAAUCACCACUACCAGCAGACGGCCCAAGCCAUCCAGGACAGCGCUGCUCAGGAAGGCUUGAGCCUUUGGCUGGUGAUUCCGACCGUGUUCCAAAACCUGUGCAUCAUCAGCUGUUUUUCGAAGUCCUUCUGCUCCCCCCUGCAUUCGGCGGUGGAGGCGGCCCUCUCGGCUGCCGCCAAGCAGGGCUGGGAGCGCGGACGAGACUCCGAAGACCUGUGGCUUGCCGGGCACAGCCUGGGUGCCACCUGUGCGAAUGUUCUCUUCCAGGCCUACAACUCCAGCAAAGGCCUGCCCUACGCUGGUUUGGUAGUGAUGGGUGGCUAUGUCGACGAAGCAGGAGAUUACGACUUGAUUCACUAUCCCGUGCCAGUCCUGAGCCUGAAUGUGGAGCUGGAUGGCGGCCUUGCCAGGCCGGGCAAGAUCUCGACAUGGUGGCACCAAUUUCUACAGCUCAGGGAACAGGAGGGAUCGGAGGCAGUCACCUCCAAGUCGGUGAUUGUGCUGCCGAAGUUGAACCAUUCUGACUUCUGCCCCGGCUUUGACGUGCCCGGGGACCUUCCAGCCGAGGUCACACAAAGUGAGGCGACGCGCACCAUCGGCGAGACCAUCGCUGCCUUCCUCACACUUCACUGGAAGGGAGCGGAGGGAGACAGGGCUUCGGCCCUUCGCCUUCUGACGCGGCAGCUGGAGUGGACAGAAGAACUCAUGACCCCGUACCUGAAGGCGCAGCAGUUGGAGCGAACAGCAACGGACCACAAUGUGAGCUCGGAAGGCACCAGCCCUUUCUGCCGCCAAGCCCAACGUGUCUUGGCCGGCCUCAGUGCCGCCGAUGCGCAGAAGCUCGAGGUGGAAGAUGGCUUCCACAUCUCCUCCCCCAACUUGGAGCACUGCCAUCCAGCAUGGACCGUGAACGGGAGCAAACUGCUGGUCCAUUCAUGCAGCCACACAAACUUCUAUCCCGAUAUCAGCAACACGGGCAAGAUCACCGCGGCCGAGGAGAUCGCUUGCAAGCUGCUGUCGGCAGAUCGCGUCGCCGAGCAGCUCAAGACACACCCCGAGCAUGACCGACUUCCCUGUGCGGCGAUGAAUCGCAUGGCCGUAGAGAUGGCAGAGCAGCUUGCAGCUUCCAGCACUCUCCAACGCUAUCGGGCAAAGGGUCGUGGCUGGUGUUUCCUUGAAGACUCCUCAUCUGUGGCCGGACCUGUGUGGGUAUUCAAGGAUCGGCUUGCUCUCAAGGAGAACAGCACGUGCAUGGCGGUGCAAAGCCCGUCCAUGCUGACCGACCUCAGUGCCAGGAUCUACCCUGGCAUUCACUACUGCAAGCUUUUGUCACCUGCCCGGGUGCUGGACUGGAUGAUGACUGACAGCCUAAAGCCAGGCAGUCGAGACGACCUCUCCAUCAUCAUCUGA